CUCUGGAGGCAGCAGUGGCUUUGGUGUUGUCUCAGCCAUGACACACAUUUGAGAUGCCCGCCCUUGACCGGCUCGCAGCCUCUCUCUCUAGCUCCACAGCAUGGACCAGCGAGAAAUUCUGCAGAAGUUCCUGGACGGAGCCCAGAACAAGAAAAAGAACAAAGAGAAGUUUGCAACUGAAUUUCUGAAGCUGAAAAAGCAAUCCACCAAGUUCAAGGCAGACAAAACUUACCCCACAGCUGUGGCUCAGAAGCCCAUGAAUAUAAAGAAAAACAGAUACAAGGACAUUUUGCCCUAUGAUCAUAGCCGAGUAGAGCUGUCUCUGAUAACGUCUGAUGAGGAUUCUAGCUACAUCAAUGCCAACUUCAUUAAGGGAGUAUAUGCACCCAGGGCUUACAUUGCCACACAGGGCCCUUUACCUUCAACUCUUCUGGACUUUUGGAGGAUGAUUUGGGAAUACAGUGUUCUGAUCAUUGUUAUGGCAUGUAUGGAGUUUGAAAUGGGAAAGAAAAAGUGUGAGCGCUACUGGGCUGAGCCAGGACAGACGCAGCUGCAGUUCGGCCCUUUCUCCGUAUCUUGCGAAGCUGAAAGAAGGAAAUCUGAUUAUAUAAUCAGGACUCUAAAAGCCAAGUUCAACAGUGAAACACGAACUAUCUACCAGUUUCAUUAUAAGAAUUGGCCAGACCAUGACGUGCCUUCAUCUCUAGACCCUAUUCUUGAGCUCAUCUGGGAUAUGCGUUGUUAUCAGGAGGAUGACAGUGUUCCCAUAUGCAUUCACUGCAGCGCUGGCUGUGGAAGGACUGGUGUUAUUUGUGCCAUUGAUUACACAUGGAUGCUGCUAAAAGAUGGGAUAAUUCCUGAGAACUUCAGUGUUUUCAGUUUGAUCCAGGAAAUGCGAACACAGAGGCCUUCAUUAGUUCAGACUCAGGAACAGUAUGAACUGGUCUACAGUGCUGUAUUAGAGCUUUUCAAGAGACAGAUGGAUGUCAUGGAAGACAAACAGCCUGGAAGAGAGGUUCAAGCAGAGUAUUCAAUUCCUGAGCAAAAUCCUGCUCUUCAAGCAGCUCCUCAUUCUCCUAAUUUUCCAAAAAGCACCACAAAAGAAGAAAAAAUGAUGAACCAACAAAGCAAACACAAGUUGAAGGUGGAAAAUGCGGAAGUUUCUUCCUUCAACUUUAGGACUUCUGAAAGAAGUGCAAGGGAAGAGUUAGUUUUGCACCCUGCUGGAUCAAGCCCAUCUUUUGACUUCUUGGAACUGAAUUAUUGUUGUAACAAAAACACUGAUGCAACCAAGAAAUGGCAGACAAAGAUGUUGUCAGCGGUCGGGGAACCUCUGCAGAAGCACAGGAGUUUGGACUUCAGCUCCAUUGUCUUGAGGGCAAGUCCUAAUCCUCAAAGUAUAAAUGCAGCAGGAACAUGUUUUAAUUCAAAGGGGCCUAUAAUGCGAACCAAAUCAACUCCGUUUGAAUUGAGACAGCAGCAAAUAACUGGGGGGUUGGACGUUAAGGAAAAGUUUUCGUGUUCGGAAUCUCGAGCCCACACUUCUUACCUUGCGGAGUUCCAGGCUAACAGAGGGACACAUGUUUCUUCAGAAGAACUGAGCUGUUCUCCGCCCUAUGACUCAACCCACCAAAUGUGUGGCGCCGCGUCCGGAAAGCAGCGUGGCCGUAGUCCUCUGAGUGUGUAUUCUUGCAUGUCUUUAGUAGAAGAUCCUUACUUUUCACCGUUGCUUCCAAGUAGUGCUGAUUCGAAGAUGUCUCUUGAUUUACCUGAGAACCAAGAUGGAGCUGUGUUUCCCUGCUCUUCGCUGCCAGCACCCUCUACGACCCUCCUUCCUUACCACAACUCAAGCGACUCUUCACCAUUGAAUCCUCUGACCAAUUUUUGCCCACAACUGAACCAAGAGACAGUUGGAUUGGCAGCUUCUCCACAGAUAGAUGAUGAAACCCCCCCUCCACUUCCUGAACGAACACCUGAGUCUUUCAUCGUGGUAGAGGAAGUGGGAGAAUUGCCACCAAGUGUACCCAGAUCCUUACCAUCCCCUGUGAAGAUAAGCAUUGGACAAUCGCCGGAACACAGUGGAACAUGUGCAUCAAAGACAUUUGAUGACUCUGUGAGACUUAGGUCAAACAAGAGUGUAAAACUCCAGAGUUCCAAACCAGUUCCACGUCAAGAUUCAUCUCCUUCCCCACCUCCACUCCCAGAAAGAACCUUAGAGUCCUUCCUUCUUGCCGAUGAAGAUUGUAUGCAAACACAAUCUACAGUAACACAUUCCAUUAAUUGUCCUGAAACCAUGGAAGACUCAACAUCUUCAAAACAAAUAAUGAAGACUACUGGAAAAAAUUUCACAAGGAGUAAGAGUUUGAAAAUCUUGCGAAACAUGAAGAAGAGUAUCUGUAAUUCUUCCUCACCAAGUAAGCCUGGAGAAUCUAUUCCAUCAAGUAACUCCAGAUCAUUUCCAAAUUUUGGUUUUGCAAAUCGUUUUUCAAAACCCAAAGGACCACGGAACCCACCAUCAUCUUGGAAUAUUUAAUACAAUUCUGGAUUUAUAAGAAUUUGGGCUGCAAGCCUGCCUGUAAAUACAACUACUUGUUAGCUAAGACUGGGCGUGAUGGUGCAUGCCUGUAAUCCCAGCACUCGGGAGGCUGAGGCAAGAGGAUGUCUGUGAAUUUGAGACCAGCCUGGACAAGCGAAAAUAAGUGCUGUAUAUUGAUAAUGUAAAGGAGAUAUAAUGUUAAUAACUUUUAAAAGAAAAUCAAUAGGCAAAAAAAUCCAAUUUUGCAUUUUCCUAUCAUUUACACUGGGUUAGAAAUAGAUGAAAAGUUUAUCUGAGUUUAUGAAGAGAAUGCUGUAUGAGACACAAUUUUUUUUUUUUUUCUCCGAGGUAAACCUGAUAUUUAGCUGACUGCUGGCUCCAUGGUGUCGCCUCCCUUCUGGGAGCGCAGAGCUCACUCCAGAAACAUUUUAAAAAUGGAUUUAUUUACUUUUGGAAG